CAUUAUUCCAUCAUUCUGUAUUUCUGUGAGACUUGAGAAGUUGAGACUGUGAUUCUUCAAAUGGCAACUUUCAACUUUAAAAAACUACUUUUUUAAAAUAUAAAUAUACUAUUUUCUAUCCAGAUCAAUACGAUUUCAAGACCCUCUUAGGUUAAUAAUAUGUUCUUCGCGUAAUUUUUUUAUUCUCUUAAACAAGUGGACAAUGGCUCAACAGCUUUCUGGUGUCACAGUGGUGAUAUUUAUAGCUGGCGGUAUAUUGACAUUUAUAUUGCUGUUCAUAUUUGCCAAGAGGCAGAUCAUGAGAUUUGCUUUGCGAUCGAGGAGAGGUCCGCAUGUGCCGAUUGGACACGAUGGGAAAAAAACACUGAAAAGAGAAAUUGAACGACGAAUUGAAGUGGUUCCAAAAAUUGCUUUUGAACCAAAAUUAAUGACAGUAGAUCAAGAUGAUGACCGUUCAAAGUAUAUAUUACCACCGGCUGAAUCCAACGACAAACCAUUGCUCUCACAUCAUUAUCGCAUGAAAGCAGUUGAUGAAGUCAAAAAGUUAGAACGUGAAAUCACCAAACAGGAUAAAACCUUGACUCGUCAUCCAAAUGAAAACAUUCGUUCGUUUUUACUAAAUACAUUAGCAGUACUUUUGGAUGGCAGUGGACAGCACAUAGUUCAUCAAUUCUGUGAUCUCUAUGAACACGCUCGUUAUGAUCCAAAUGAAUUCUUGGAUGAAGAAUACCAAUCAUUCAUAAGAUUAAUGAAAAAAUUAAUCGAUAUUGCCAAAUUAUUGAAAUCGUAUUCUGGUGAAAGUCGAAAAAAUAGUCCCAAUAAAACUCCAACUCGCAAUAACAAUAUGCGAACUGGUACUAAUGAUAGUCUUAGAACAAAAGACAGAGAUUCAAAUCGCUUAAAAAUUGUAUAAGAAGUAUUCACUAUAAAUUAAUUGGAAUAAAAUUAUUUUUUAUUGUAUUUAAUUAACAUUAAUUAAAGCCAGAUAAGUUUCUAAAUAUUUUGGUGAAUGUAGAUUGUAUAAAUAUGUAAAAUAUGUAAAUUGUAAUAUGUUAUAAAUAUAUUAUUUUUUUUUUUACUGAAACAUGUAAAUAAUUGAAUGUUACAUAAUAUUUUACUGUUAUGUACAUUAAGAGGUCUCUCAUAGAGCCUUAAAUUGUAUUGGCAAUUAUUGUUUUGAAGGAAAUAAAACUGUUAUAUAUUCUUAAACAAUAA